AUGCCCUGUUUUUGUUCUGCCCUGCUUCUUGUGCCCAUCAUCCUGAUUGGACUCGUCGCCGUGGUCACGGUCACAGUUGGUGGUUUCAUGCACGCUGAAGUCUGCCCAUACGUAGGCAAUACCAGCGGGCUACGCAUGACCGACUACGUGGUGAAUUCAAAAAUAGACGUCGUGUGGAACGACUUGAUCGUGUCGCAAUUAUCUGGGGGUGGGGCCGCUGGAAACAACUUUGCAGACAUCCUCAACUUGAAGGCGCCUCAAAACCUACUGUAUGCUGUCGAGGUCGGCUGUAAUCCCCAAAACGUGGGACCGACCUCAAAGUCGGGGCUUCUGCCAAAAAUGGGAAUUGACAAUUUGGUCAAUAUCAGUGCACUCCUGGAGAGUCCUAUCUUGACUGAGGGCAUUGAAAAGGCCGAGCAGGGUCUCGUAGACGGUAUCGUGAAUGCAAAACUUGGCGACAAAAUCCCAGAUGCAAUACUAGCCGACGUUCAAAACUUUACUUCUAUUUUCCAAAAGCUGGUUGCCUUGCUUAAUAUAUCGGUAAGUGCUGCUCACUGA